UCUAUCUGGCUUUUUCAGUUCAUUAAUUUUCCGAAUUAUCAUUACAAGAAUCAUCUCGGCAAUCAAUCAGAGCAAAGUUUAUCACUUUUCCCACUAAUCAUUCUUUGACUUGCUUUGAUUCUGUAAUGCAAGUUGACAUUGGUUCCUUAGGAAUUGACUUUCUGUGAUGGUCCGGAGGAUUACCCUCUUUCUUUAUUUCUUCCAGAAUUAUAAUCAGUAAUUAUGCUUAUUACUGCUGCAUUACUUGAUGAUGCAUUUACAUAGUAACUUUUGCACUGCCACGUGAAUUAGUAACACCACACGGUGAUGGCAUUGACGGAUUUAAGUUUUUAACUUUAAUUUUUGAGUAAUCAAGUUCUCAUUGUAAAACUCUUGGAUUUCACUAGACGUUAGAAGCAUUCAAUUUUUUUCUUGUUCUUCCUAUAAAAUUAUGUUAGUUAUGUAGGGACCACUUAAGGGUAUAGAUACUCAUCACAUGGCAUAUGGAUUGAAACAUGACAAUGCCUUCUAUCUGUUUCUGAAAAUUUUCUUAUCCACUUUGUUUGUUCCUCCAUUGAGGAAUUCUAUGCAAAGAAAGCUGAAACCUUGCUGUGAAAUGCUGUUGCGAGUCCAAGUUAAAUGACCGAAAUGAUUUUUUGAUGUUCAUUUCAAAAACAGCUGAUACAACUUGGACUUGCAACGGCAUUUCAACUUGAACGAAAACCAGCUUUUUCGUUGUAUGAGCUGGUUUUCGUUAUCCUCUCAUUUUCCUAGGUUCUCUCAGUCCAGUUUUUUCUUCUAGUGAUUUUUCGGGAAAAUGUACCCGGGUGGAUACACUGCUGAAGUUACAAGCUUGUCCUCUAAAGCUACAGAGGAGGAUGUUUACAAUUUUUUCAGUCACUGCGGUGCAGUUGAGCAUGUUGAAAUCAUCAGAUCUGGUGAAUAUGCCUGUACCGCAUAUGUGACAUUCAAAGAUGCUUUUGCUCUGCAAACUGCUAUACUACUCAGUGGAGCUAGGAUUGUAGAUCAAUGUGUAUGCAUAACAAGGUGGGGAAGUUAUACUGAUGAAUCCGAUGCUUGGAACAGUCCUUACAACCCCGAAGGCAACACUAGCUUAACGACUUAUCACACGAGUGAGUUCAUCUCUACUCCUGGAGAAGCAGUAACUGUUGUCAAAACAAUGGCAGCCAAGGGAUAUGUUUUGGGGAAAGGCGCAUUAACCAAGGCCAAAGCUUUCGAUGAGUCCCAUCAACUCUCAGCAACUGCAGCAGCCAAGGUUUGCGAGCUCAGCAACAGAAUCGGCCUCACUGAAAAAAUUUACGCAGGCAUGGAAGUUGUUAAAACCGUGGACGAGAAGUUCCAUGUUUCAGAUAUUACCAAAUCAGCUGCAACCGUUACUGGAACGGCAGCUGUGGUGGCUGCUACGUAUGCUGGGCAAGCAGCUGUGGCAGCAGGAAGCGCUGUGUUCAACAGCAGCUACUUUGCCAAAGGAGCUCUUUGGUUUUCAGAUGUAUUGACUCGUGCAAGCAAAGCUGCAGCCGAUUUGGGUACUCAUGGCGGUAAAUAAGGUCCAACAUUUGUCUAUAUUGUUUUGUGUCUACCAAUUUCACUGCAAAUAAAUCAUCUUUUGUUACAUGCCAACCUAGGUUGGAAAUUGUUGGUGUUGGUGUUUAAAGUCGCAGUAUACCACAUUCAAGAGUUGGUGCUUAAAGUGAUAAAUGGCUAGUUUGGAAGUGCUUUUAAAA